UGCAGUCCAGUCUGCAUUAUGUUCAUCUGUUCAUAACUGUUCCACUGCUACAUUCAAACGCUGCUGAGGCAGGUGGUCUUUUCGGAUGGUGCGGACCUCCAAAAGCGGACCUGUGGAACAUUGGCAUCGGAGCAACUGAAGCCCACUGAACUGAUUACCGUCCAUUCAAGUCAGGAAAUGGAGGACAAUCAAUAAAUGUACAUUAACUUGACAUCGGACCAACCAGGAAUGACCUGUCUUUUACCAUUGUAAAAGCUUCUUCUUGACAGCUUCUUCUACACAGCCAUAAUUCAGAAUUCUCUCAACUGCUCUUUUGGGUGGGUUUUCUCCUGUCCACAUCCAAAAUGUCUGAGGCUGACUUCCAGAGACUUGAGAUGUUGUACCAGAUCCUGCACAAGGACCCCUCCUGCAACCAUUCCCACCUGACCUUCCAUAACACCAGCAUGGUAUACAAUCUGGACUUCCCUGGCGAUGGCUCCCACUGGCUGCGCGCCAUCAUCUCCGUGGUGUACUGUGCCGUGGCCACCGGCGGACUGCUGGGCAAUCUUCUCGUGCUGUACCUUCUCUGCUCCACCCGGACCAUCGUCAAGAGUGCCAUCAACUUCUUUGUGUUCAACCUGGCCCUGGCUGACUUGCUACUCUCCGUGGCGCUGCCGUUCUGGGCAGUAGACAUCACCCUGGACUACAACUGGCCUUUUGGUUUGGCCAUGUGCAAGGCCGUGUCCCUCCUGACGGGCCUCAACGUCUACGCCAGUUGCUUCUUCCUGAUGGCCAUGAGCUUGACCCGCUACUGUUCAGUGGCUACUGCACUCAAGCCCGCUGCACCACUCGGUCACAAGCUUUGUGAUUCCCGGGUAACUACCGCACUUAUAUGGGCCGGGGCACUGGUGGCUGCUGCACCGCGUGCCGUGUUCGCCGAUCUCAACAGAGUAGGCAUGGCCAAUGACACUGCAUGUCUGCUCCGCUUCCCUAAAGGUACGAAUUGGCUGGCUGUCAACCAACUCCUGAGGCUUCUGUUUGGCUUCCUGUUGCCCUACUUCAUCAUGAUCCUCUCCUACCUGCUCCUGCUGCGCUUCCUCUGCCGGCACAAGCUGAACGGUGUCAACCCACAGCGACAGGCUCAUGUCUCCAAGUCCGUGGCAGUUGUGGUGCUCUCCUUUUGCACCUGCUGGUUCCCGUAUAACGUGCUAACUCUCUGGAGUGCACUGAUCCAACUAGAUCUAACAGAAAUCAGUCCCUCCUACUACUUUGUCCAGACCUACCUCUUCCCCUUGGCCAACUGUCUGGCCUUCACCAGUUGCUGCCUCAACCCUGUCAUCUACUGCCUCAUUCGCAGGGAGUACCGCAAGGCCCUGCGCACCCUGGUCUUGAAGUCAAGUCUCGCAAUCGCUUCCAAAGCCUGCCUCUCGGCAGUCAACUCCAAUGAGGGCCAGAACCGCGAUGGACAGCUGGGCAUCCCGCUCAACAAUAUGGAAAGCCACACGGCCCAGUCUUACACCAAGAGGUCAGCACUACCCUCUACCAGUCUAUCGCUGGGUCCCAGUCCCAAGGGCCUCUGUCCGCUCAAUGACCUCACCUGAGGAGGAUAUCGCUGAACCUCAGACAUAGAUUAAUUAAAGCUUCAAUUCAAUUGUGUUGGUGUUUUCGCAUGGGUAUGACAAAGCUUUUUUUCCUUUACCAAAAACAAAGGUGUAUCUAUAUUAUGAGACAAAUGCCUUGUUGCCUUUUGCAUGAACACGACAAGGGUGUGAAGUUUUGUGAACAUCAUCAGGACAUUCCUUCUUAUUGGCAUUCAAAUUAUGCAUUGUGUUGUUUUCUAUAGUUUGUGGGAUCAUUUAUUAAAUUAAACUUAAUUAUUGCAAGGGAAAGCAAAUAAAAUUUCAAAUCAAAUUAGGAAACAAGAUAACAACAUCUUAUUUUGAGAUGGAGUGUAAAAUUAAUUAUUGAGACAAAAUCUUUAGGUAUUCAGCCUCAGAAAAAUGGAAACGACACUAUUUAUAUAAAAGUAUGUGGACACCCCUUCAAAUUAGUGGAUUCGGCUAUUUCAGCCCCACCUGUUAAGGACAGCUGUAUAAAAAUCGAGCACCCAGCCAUGCAAUCUCCAUAGACAAACAUUGGCUGUGGAAUGGCCUUACUGAAGAGCUCAGUGACUUUUAAAGUGGCA